AGAAUUACAAAGUUUUAUUCCGGGCCGGCACUUACUUUGGAAUCAUGGCGCGGAGUAUUAUUAUUCUUCUGGUGUUUACUGUUUGUAUAAACGAGAUUAGUUCCACACGCGUACGCUAUGACAACUACAAUAUCUAUCAAGUUCUCCCUAGCAGAUUGAAGCAUCUAGAUCUCCUAGUCCAACUCGAGAAAAGUAGUGGUAGUUUAAUUUUCCUGACCCCAAUCGUUGCAGUUGACAAGCAUGUGAACAUUUUAGUUGCACCCCAUAAAAAGCCCGAGUUUUUGAACAUUCUAGACGAUAACGAAGUGUUUUAUGAACUCGUCCAGGAAAACUUCCAACAAAUUCUUGAGGCUGAAGAUACCGAAUUUCGUAGUAGAUCGGCUACAUACGACUGGACUGGCUAUCACACACUGGAGGAAACCUACGAGUGGUUGAAAUCCUUGGAGGCAAGAUUCCCAGAUAAAGUAAAAACUAUAGUAGGCGGCAAAACGUACGAAGGACGGGAUAUUUUAGGGGUGAAGGUGUCAUUCAAAGCUGGUAACAAAGCUAUCUUUGUUGAAGGAGGUAUUCACGCUCGAGAAUGGAUUUCGCCGGCCACUGUAACAUACAUCCUGAAUGAAAUUCUGACAAGCAAUGAUGAUGCUUUUCGAAGUAUGGUUGAAAAUUUUGACUGGUAUGUAUUCCCACAUGUAAAUCCAGAUGGUUUCGUGUAUACGCAUACAACAAAUCGACUUUGGAGAAAGACUCGAUCCAGGGGUACUGAAUGUUAUGGAGCAGAUGCUAAUCGAAAUUGGGGAUUCAAAUGGAUGGAAAUCGGCGCAAGUUCAGAUGAAUGUUCAGAAACAUAUGCUGGCAAGGAGGCAUUCUCAGAAAUCGAAACGAAAACGCUUGCCGAGUUUGUCACUGGAAUAAAAGAUGAACUACUAAUGUACGUGGCUUUCCACUCGUAUUCGCAAUUGCUUUUAUUUGCCUAUGGCUAUACUCCCGAACCUAUUGAAAAUCAUGAUGAUCAUCAGCAAAUUGCAGAGGCGGCAGUUGCAGCCUUAUCAAAACGAUACGGAACGCAAUAUCAAGUUGGAAGUAGCUACACCACCAUUUAUCCAACAUCGGGAUCAAGUCGAGACUACGCGUAUGGUUUCCUGAAGAUCCCACUGGUCUAUUCGUACGAACUCAGACCAGCAUCUUCAAUCAAUGGCUUUGUCCUACCUUCAGCGCAGAUAAUUCCUACCUGCUUGGAGACGUUAGAUUCCUUAGUUGCAAUGAUAUCGGAAGCUCAAAAGUUGGGAUAUUUAGUAUAAGCAAUUAUUGAAAAUGAGUGUAUCCAAAUAAAGCUUAUCUGAUGAAAGUUUCAGAUUAAUCUUUGCACCGAAGAACAA